GGGGAGCUCGACUCGAGCCCGGGGAACUGCGAUCGCGAUGGGAUGCCCACCCAGCCAUGGCAAGCCUUACUCUGUCUCUCUGUCUCUCUGUCUCUCUCUCACACACACACCCACCAUCACACACACACUCACACACACACUCCCACUCAGACUCACUCACAGACUCACACUCACAAUCACACUCACCCGACAACAAUUGUAAGCCGCCAACCACUUGCCGUGCCGAGCGGGGGGGAGGGGAGCAUGGGAAUUUCCUGGCAGGAUAAAUUUCCUCCCCUUGCAUAUCUACAUAGAUCGCACUCAGACCUACCUAAUUCAUGGUUGUAUCCGGUUCGAUCGGUUGGGGAUCAGAAACGCCCGAAUACGACGCUAUGUCCGGUGGCUUUUUUUUGCGGGCUUUUUCCCUCUCGCUAACUACUCCAACUAGGAUACUCUGGAGCAGAUCCAACCCCGUCCCCAAGUCGACUCGCCGG